AUGCCAUUCUCACUUCCCACUCCACUUGCACUGGUUGUCAAUCAUGAAGAUACCGCGGACUUCAAGCACGUUACGACUGGCAAACAGCCUAGAAUAGAGGCUUCCAACACUCGCGGCGCAACUCACCGCCUCCCAUACAAAGUCGUCAACAUCUUCCGCAUCGAACGCCAAGGCGAAAACGACUGCUUCAACACAUCCCCUUACGCCAGUAUCGCCAACAGCGACCGCCGCCUCCUCUGGCACGGCUCCCGCAGUACAAACUUCGGUGGAAUCCUCAACCAAGGUCUCCGCAUUGCGUCCCCAGAAGCCCCAGUCAACGGCUACAUGUUCGGCAAGGGAGUGUAUCUGGCCGACACAUCCAGCAAAUCCGCCAACUACUGCUGCCACUACAACAGUGGCGGCAUGGCUCUUCUCCUACUCUGUGACGCCGAAGUCGGCGCCCCAAUGCUGGACAGUUGCUGA